ACCAAUAUUUUCUAUUUGUUAAUUGCCAAUGAUUCUAAAUUGCCCCAUUUUAUUUUAUUUUGUCUCGAUAAAAUUAUAUUGUUUGUAAAUUUGGCUAUACUGUGAGUGCAGUCGUCAUAGUUCUGUGUCUCACUCUAGAAAUCAUAUAUGUAAUACAUCUAUGUACAGUUCUUAUGGGAAAGAACGUCUCUACGCUAUGGUACCGACCAAGAAUAGUUCACCAAUAGGAUUGAUCAAUCCCAUAAGACGUACAUACGCCAAUUCUUGAGCCAAGGUCAAGUGAUGCUUACGUCACCUGCAGACCUCGACGGCUUGUUUACCAUUUACGCUGUGCGGUAUUGCUUGUGUUUUUGUUAAUUCGAAAAGGUCGUACAAGUGAUUGAAGAGUUGGAAAUUCGUUUUUUACUUAGUUCUACGUUUUAAAAACUAUUAUUUGUGUGUAUUAUAUAUGUGGAGAAUAGUGAACAAAGACAAUAUUAUUGUUUAAGGCAAAAUAAUCUUGUGAGACUUUCAAGGUGCAUGUAGUAUAUGUCCAAAAAUCAAAAUGCCUGGUACACGUUGUGCUGUGUAUGGUUGUGGUAAUACCUAUAAAACAAGGCAGCAAGAACAUGAAUAUUUUAUAUUUCAUCGGUUUCCCAAAGCUAAAGAUCUUGUUUCCCAAACUAUGAGAAAAGAAUGGAUAUUACGAUGCAAACGGGAAGAUAAAUUUAACCCUGAUACUAGCUACAUCUGCUCAGUUCAUUUCACAGAAAAGGAUUAUGAAAGAGACUUACAGAAUGAAUUAUUAGGUUUACCACUACGAAAAAUAUUGAAAAAAACCGCUGUUCCUACUUUGGGAUUGUAUUCAAAAAAAUCAACAAGUGAAGCUAGUAGUUCAAGCAUCAGUUCCAGAGAAGAAAGACUGGCCAAACGAAAUGCAAAGGAGGAAGUGAACAAAUACAGAUCAUUUUAAAAAAGAAUUCAUUUUCUUUAAUUUCUUUUCUUCAUUGUAUACCUAUUAUAAAUGGAACUUAAAAUUAACUGAAUAAUUGGAAAUUGGAUUUUAAAUUAAUAUUAAUUCAUAAUAAUGAUUAAAACUUAAAAAAAUAACUGUAUUUUUGUUAAAAUUGGCCUUUAAACUCAUCAAAUAGUCUAGCUCAACAAAGAGUUAAGACCGGUCGAGGUCUGCAGGUGACGUCACGUAUGGCGAUUUUUCGCACGCACAUGGCAGACACAUUCAGUUUAUUGAGCAAUCCUAUUGGUGAACUAUUCUUGGGUACCGACAGUAUUCAUUUUCUCUCUCGUUCUAUACUGCGCAUGCUUGAAAAUUCUCUAAAAUGUCAGUAGUGGAAAGAUAAAAACUAACUGAAGAUUGAAGCCUAACCUAAUAUUUUUAGAAUAACUUGUCGCUUCCGAUAUACUAUAUCCGAUAUA